AGUGUUUAUUAGAAAAUAAAGGUGUCCGGUUUGUUUUGUAAUUUCGAUUAAAAAUGUUAUUGGGCGUUCGUUGGGUUCUAAGAACCCAAAAUUACAAAUGUAUUGUAAAAUGUGUUCUAAUGCAGCAGCAGCGGCAGCAGCAACAACAAUUCUAUGCCCACAAACAUAAUUUCAGUAUGGCCCAAAUAAUUGAUGGCAAAGCGAUAGCCGCUGAAAUUCGUGCCGAAUUACGCAAAGAUGUCGAAGCCUUUAAAGCGACGGGUCAUCGUGAACCCCAUCUAACAGCGAUUCUUGUGGGCAAUGAUCAGGCCAGUGAAACAUAUGUUCGCAUGAAAAUGAAUGCCGCCCAAGAUGUGGGUAUUUCAAGUGAAACCAGACGUCUGCCGGCCACAACCAGUGAACACGAACUGCUGGAUAUAAUCGACACACUAAAUAAGGAUGAAAGCGUCGAUGGUAUUUUGGUCCAGCUACCCGUGCCCGAUCACAUGAAUGAACGUAAGGUGUGUAAUGCAAUUGUGUGUGAGAAGGAUGUGGACGGUUUCAACGUUUUCAAUGUCGGUCGCAUGUGUUUGGACAUGAAAUCAAUGAUUCCCGCCACACCAUUGGGUGUCAUCGAACUGCUGAAACGUGCGGGCAUCGAUACGUUUGGAAAAAAUGCCGUCGUUGUGGGACGUUCGAAGAAUGUCAGUAUGCCCAUUGCCAUGCUAAUGCAUGCCGAUGGUCGCAAUGAAACCGGUGCCAUGGAUGCUACCGUGACCAUAUGUCAUCGGUUUACACCGCCCAAAGAAUUGGCCAAAUAUUGUUCGAUGGCCGAUAUUAUUAUAACGGCUACGGGAGUGCCGGGUUUGAUUACCAAAGAAAUGGUCAAGCCAGGUGCUUGUGUCAUUGAUGUGGGCAUAACACGCAUAACCGAUCCAAAUACGGGCAAAACCAAGCUGGUGGGUGAUGUUGACUUCGAAGAAGUACGACAAGUAGCUGGUUACAUCACUCCCGUGCCCGGUGGCGUUGGACCCAUGACCGUUGCCAUGUUAAUGCACAACACUUUUACGGCUGCCAAAAAUCUGGCUAAAAUCAAUAAAAGUUAGUUUUAGAAUCAGCGGAAUUGUGUUAUUGCUGGCAAUAAAUAUGAAUAGUAUUUUUUUUUUAUUUCAUGCAUAUUAUUUUAUUAAUACUAAACAAUAUUUAAAUAUAGCUAAAUAAAUAUGUUUAUCAUUUCAUCGGAUUGAUUGUAACAAUUGAAUGGACAUUUAGAAUUUUGAAAAUUUCAAUUGAUUUGACUUUAUUGCAAAAUCUACAAAAUAUACCUACUACAUAAAUAUUAUGUAAUAAUAUUGUAACAAUAAUAACAACUAAUCUCAAUGUACAAUUAAAUAAAAUGGAAAAUGGAAAUUUCCAAUAAUAAAUAUCUAAAAAGUU